AUGAAUUUAUCAUUACAAGAUCCAUUUGCAGUAGCUAAGGAGUAUCCAGAGACCCUCACACAUACAUUGCAAUAUGGACAUUCUGUGGUAAUUCAAUUCAAUUAUAAAGGUGAUUACUUAGCAUCUGGGUUGAGCGAUGGGUCUAUUGUAAUCUACGAUUUGAUGAGUAAUGGAGGCAUAGUGGCACAUUUGGAGAAAGGAGGGCACACCAGGCCUGUGUCUUCGAUCAGUUGGUCGAGUUGUGGCAGAUAUUUGCUCACAUCGUCACAAGAUUGGUGCUGCAAUUUGUGGGAUUUGGAUCGGGUGAAUAGAGAUGAUGGCGACGAAUUGGAUGGUGGACCUAUUAUACGAAGAGUCAAGUUCGACGGGCCCAUAUGGCUGGCAAUGUUACAUCCUAAAAAUCAUUUUUUAUUCACGGCUUCUCUUUACGAAGACUCGCCAGUUUUCGUGGACUUGAGUAUAGAAUCUGACAUCAAAGUGCAUCUGUUGAGCACAGUUCCCUUGCCAUUGCAGCAGGCAGAGGAUAACGAAGAACAGUCGAAUCAAGUGGAUGAUAGCGACGAAGAAAAGGCCAGUCGCAAGAAAAAGAAAGACAAACAUAUGACGUUAGUGACCACAUUCACGCCUGGUGAUGGCAACUACAUCUUCACAGGAACAAGCAAGGGGUGGCUUAACAUUAUUUCCACCGAAUCCUUGCAAUUGGUACAUUCGAUCAAAAUUGCAAACUCGAACAUUAAAAACUUGGUGGUAUCUCCGAACGGCAGAAAGUUGGCCAUAAACUCGUCCGAUCGUAUCAUCCGCCAGAUUAAUUUACCCGACAUGAUCAAUAUAACAGACCCCAACAACUGGGAAUUCGAAGUCGAGCACAAAUACCAGGAUGUCGUCAACCGUUUACAGUGGAACCUGGUAACCUUCAACCACAACGCCGAAUUCUUGAUUGCCUCCACCUUCGGUCAAUCCUCCCAGGAUCUAUACAUGUGGGAAACCUCGCUCGGAUCUCUUAUCAAGAUUUUGGAAGGAAGUAACGAAGAAUUAAUAGAUGUCAAGUGGAAUUAUCACCGUUGCACGGUGGGUUCCACCGGCUUGGACAGUGGCUCUAUCUACUUGUGGCUGAUCCAAUUCCCCCAGAAGUGGAGUGCUCUUGCCCCUGACUUCGUAGAAAUAGAAGAGAAUAUAGACUAUGAAGAAAAAGAAGACGAGUUCGAUUAUAUUAACGAGGAUAUAUUAAAUAAAAGACGAAUGGAAGAAGAAGACUUAAUAGUCGACAUAAUCACUAAAGAAACAGUUGAUGCUCGUGGGUUUGAAGUGGCCCAAGAUUCCUUUAUCAUCCCUAUUGACUACGAUCAACCCUCUGGUGAUAUUGAUUGA